AUGGCUAUGCACUUAGCUUUAUGUUUACUCAUGCUCAGGCUUUCAAUUGCAUUGGCAAUCAACAGCCCAAAUACAUUAAACGAAACAUGCAUUGAUGGUACCACUGUCACACUAAGCUUUGGUAUGUACCUAGACAGUUGCCCGGAGGCAGAACCGAUCAUCUUCUCUUGGGUUGAAACCGCUGUAGCUCAGGAUCCUAGAAUGGCAGCUUCUUUGCUUCGCCUCCAUUUCCAUGAUUGCUUUGGAUGUGAUGCAUCAGUGUUAUUAGAUGACACACCAAGCUUUGUUGGCGAAAAAACUGCUGCACCAAACUUGAACUCAUUGAGGGGGUUUGAAGUGAUUGAUACCAUAAAAUCUGAUCUUGAAGCAGUUUGUCCUGAAACUGUCUCUUGUGCUGAUAUUCUUGCUAUUGUAGCCAGAGACUCUGUUGUUUUGUCAGGAGGGCCUGGUUGGGAAGUGCAGACGGGAAGGAGGGACAGCUUAAGUGCUAGCAAAACAGCCGCUAAUAACAACAUUCCAGGCCCUAAUUCUGAUGCAGCCACCCUAGUGGCAAGGUUCCAAAAUGUUGGCCUUUCACUCAGUGACAUGGUUACUCUCUCUGGUGCACACACAAUGGGAAAAGCUCGAUGCUCAACAUUUAGCUCCAGGCUAAAUGGUACAAGCAAUGUAAAUAGUCCAGAGGUUAACUUGAACUUCCUCGAGUCGCUCCAACAGCUAUGCUCAGAAACUGACAGCAACACGACCCUAGCACAACUAGACACUGUAACUCCAUCAACAUUCGACAACCAGUACUAUGUUAACCUCAUUUCCGGGGAGGGAUUGCUCGCGUCGGACCAAGCCCUGGUGGCUGAAAACGACCUUACUCAUGAAAUAGUCGAAUAUUAUGCCAAUGACCCGACAGUGUUCUUCGAGGAAUUCAAGAGGUCGAUGCUGAAAAUGGGUAGCUUGGGAUCACUGACUGGGGAGAGUGGUGAAAUCCGUAGGAACUGUAGAAUUGUUAACCAGUUCUAG